CAUAGAUGACUUUCAACUCUGAACCAACGAACUGAGCGUUUUUCCCGACGGACCUUUCCAGCGUAUAAAAGGGGCGCCGGGUUCCUCGACAGGCAGUUCCUAGCACCGAGUGGCUUAGCGUGGACCAAGCAUUCACCCACCUUAAACCAGCGAAAAAGAUGAAGGUCUCGUUCGUGGUCGGCGUAGUGGCACUGGUGGCAGCGGUGGCACUCUUCGCUACCCCGUGCCAGGGCCAGAUAUGGGAGACGCUGGUCCCUCUCAUCACACAGCAGGUCGUGGGGUUGUGGAAAAACGGCGAAAGAGAAUUUUUUGGUCACCAGUGCACAUACUCAGUCACACCCAAAAUUAAGAGUCUAGAACUGCACUUUAAGGGAAGGAUGUCCUGCCCGUCCCUUAGUAGUGUGAGAGGAGAAGCUUUGACCCGCAGUCGCUCGGGCGUGGAGGGCAAGACGGUUGAGGAUUACGUAAGGAAGGUCUUAGCACAGGGCGUGAUAACGGAGGAGGAGGCAAAGGCGUGGCUUACCAAGUAAAUGAAACGGAAGUCGAUUUUUUUAGUCUUUUCUACGACGAUGGUUCUUCUGCUUGAUUUGCAUAACGUCGGGCUGUUUAGUGAAGCUGUUUUCGUGAAUAUUUGUUUUUGUUAUUCAUUUUUAUUUUUAUCGUUGUUAUUGGCAUUUUGUACUUGUUAUUGUUAAUAAAAAAAAUAUAUAUAUA